CGUUGCAUGGUGACACGAUAUACCAGUUCUCUCGUGAUAGCCAUUCGCCGUGCCUAGAACUACCGAUUUUCAUUGACUUUCAACCGGGCCGUCACCAAUCAGCCAGCAAAAUGGAGGUAGCAGUUAUAGUUGCCUUCGCGUUCCUCAGCAUGUUCACGUUUUGCGAGGAUACGUACGCUCUUCCCGACGAGGCAGGAAAAGUUGACACCAUGAAGAAUGUAAAGGAGCCCAAAGAUAUCAAAGAAGCAGCGACACCGUCGAAAGAGGUAAAAGACGCUAUAAAGGCGGCUAAGGAUGCGAAGAAGAAUAAAAAGGAUUGCCAGCGAGAUUGCGGGACCAAUUAUGAUCCUGUUUGCGCUCACGAUCCUACCGACUCCAGCGUCAAGACGAGGACCUUUGGCACGCAGUGUAAUUUGGAUGUUCACAAUUGCGAGACGGGAUCGAAAUUGGUUGUGAAGAGCAAAGGCGAGUGUCCUGGAUCCGGCGGAGUAAGACUGUCCUAAACAAUCACACGAUUCUGGAAAAACACCGAGAAACGCGAAGUAGAAUACUAAUCAUCGAAAUAAACUGUUAGAUUAUUAUAGUGAAUUUAUUUAGUUUGAGUAAAUGUCUUAAUAUCGUACUACAAUGCGACUCUUCCUCUCUAACGACGAGAGAGAAUUGAGGUACGGUGAUACGCAAAGAAAACUGGAUAUGAUUACGUGACAAAAUCUUAAUGUCAAAAUUGGCCGCUAAACUAUACGCUAUAUACGAAUGUAAAGUAUCUAUCUAAUAAAUAUUAAUGAUGAGCAACUA